AUGAAGCUCCUUUUCAGGAGACUGGUCGCAUUGACUGUCGCUUCUUUGGUAGUAGCUGCACCAUCCGUCAGCCACCUUUCAUUGCAAGAUGCUGCUAAUAAGCGUGACCUUCUCCAAGACCUAGUGACAUGGGACCAGCACUCUUUGUUCGUCCGGGGCGAGCGCCUCAUGAUCUUUUCGGGAGAGUUUCACCCCUUUCGACUGCCAGUUCCUGGACUCUGGCUUGAUGUGUUUCAGAAGAUCAAGAGUCUGGGAUUCAAUGCUGUCUCCUUCUACACCGACUGGGGUCUCAUGGAGGGUAAUCCUGGCCACGUUGUCACGGACGGGAUCUGGAGCCUUGAGGAGUUCUUCACUGCUGCGAGUGAAGCUGGUAUCUAUCUGAUAGCCCGGCCUGGACCGUAUAUCAAUGCAGAAACCUCGGCUGGUGGUAUUCCCGGAUGGGUCCUUCGUCUAAAGGGCAUCAUUCGUUCAAACAGCGAGGAUUACCUCCAUGCGACAGAUACGUACAUGGCCACUCUAGGGAAGAUAAUUGCCAAGGCACAAAUUACCAAUGGAGGGCCGGUGAUCUUGGUUCAGUCAGAAAAUGAGUACACGACUUGGCCCAACGUAUCAGAGUCCGAGUUUCCGACAACAAUGAAUAAGGAGGUCAUGGCCUAUGCCGAGAGGCAGCUUCGAGACGCUGGAGUAGUUGUUCCAUCGGUUGUCAAUGACAAUAAGAACUUAGGAUACUUUGCCCCUGGGACUGGAUUGGGCGAGACGGAUAUCUACGGGAUUGACGCUUAUCCUAUGAGAUAUGACUGUGGUAACCCUUAUGUAUGGCCAACAUAUCGAUUUCCGCGAGAUUGGCAGCAGACACACCGCAAUCACAGUCCUACGACACCAUUUGCUAUUAUGGAAUUCCAAGGGGGUUCAGGAGGAGGAUGGGGAGGAGUCACAGAAGACGGAUGUGCCAUUCUCGUGAACAAUGAAGCUGUGCGAGUGGUGUACAAGAACAAUUACGGCUUCGGCGUCACCGUUAUCAACAUCUACAUGACGUACGGAGGCACCAACUGGGGCAAUCUCGGCUACCACGGAGGAUACACCUCGUAUGACUACGGGGCUGCCAUUACCGAGGAUCGUCAGAUCUGGCGAGAAAAGUACAGCGAAGAGAAGUUGCAGGCCAACUUCCUGAAAGUGUCUCCCGCGUACCUCACCGCAACGCCUGGAAACGGGGUUAAUGGAUCAUACACAGGGAACAAGGAUAUAGCAGUCACUCCACUGUUUGGCAAUGGAACGACCGCCAAUUUCUAUCUAGUCCGACAUGCCGACUUUGCUUCAACUGGAAAUGUCCAAUACCGACUCCACGUUUCGACAAGCGUUGGAAAUGUGACAAUUCCUCAACUGGGAGGCAGUCUGUCCUUGAACGGCAGGGACUCCAAAUUCCACGUCACUGACUAUGACGUGGGCGGAUUCAAUCUCAUCUACUCUUCCGCAGAGGUCUUCACCUGGGCUAAGGGACUCAACAAGGAGCCCGUGCUCGUUCUGUAUGGAGGAGCAGAAGAACUUCAUGAACUCGCUCUGCCAACCCAUCUUCCCCGACCAACCGUUGUUGAUGGGUCCCAAGUCAAGAUUGCCAGAAAGGGAAGCGCUUGGGUUGUACAGUGGCAGGUUACUGCUCAAAGACGGGUUUUGCGCGUAGGAAAGCUUGAGGUUCACCUCCUCUGGCGUAACGACGCCUAUCAGCACUGGGUCUUGGAACUGCCAGCAACGCAACCAAUUGCCAACUAUAGUUCGCCAUCCAAGGAGACGGUGAUUGUGAAGGGAGGAUAUUUGCUUCGCAGCGCAUCAAUUGCCGACAACAAACUGCAUCUGACGGGUGACGUAAACGCAACAACUUCCUUGGAGGUAAUUUCAGCACCGAAGCAACUCGAUGGGAUUGUUUUCAACGGCCAGUCCUUGAAAUCAACUCGGUCUAAGAUUGGCAAUCUCGCUGCAACGGUUCAUUAUCAACCACCGGCUAUCUCCCUGCCAGACCUGAAGCGUCUCGACUGGAAAUACCUCGACUCUCUUCCCGAAAUCUCCCCCGGGUAUAGUGAUGAGAGUUGGACGCCGCUGAUAAACACAUACACGAAUAACACGCGCAACUUCGCCGGCCCUGCAUGUUUGUACGCUGACGACUACGGCUAUCACGGGGGCUCACUGAUCUACCGGGGCCAUUUCAAGGCCAACGGAGACGAGUCUUGGGUAUUUCUCAACACGUCUGGCGGCGUGGGCUUCGCCAAUUCGGUCUGGCUAAAUCAAACCUUCCUGGGAUCAUGGACAGGUAGUGGAAAUAACAUGACCUAUCCCAGAAACAUCUCUCUCCCCGACGCGCUAUCUCCCGGAGAAUCAUACGUUCUGACUGUAGUGAUCGACCACGUGGGCCAGGACGAAGAGGCACCGGGGACAGACGCAAUCAAGUUCCCUCGAGGAAUUCUCGACUACGAGCUCUAUGAGCUGUCCGAUCUUGCGUGGAAGAUGACUGGCAAUCUCGGCGGCGAGCAGUACCAGGACCUGACGCGAGGCCCGCUCAACGAGGGAGCCAUGUAUGCCGAGCGCCAGGGAUAUCAUCUUCCAAACCCGCCUACCUCCGCGUGGAAGUCAUCCAGCCCGAUCAAUGAUGGGCUCACUAACACCGGCAUUGGAUUCUAUGCUACUUCGUUCUCCUUGGAUCUACCCGAGGGAUACGAUAUCCCGUUGAGCUUCGUCUUCAACACCUUGGCAUCAGAUGCAAGGUCAGGGACCAGCUAUCGCUGUCAGCUGUUUGUCAAUGGAUACCAGUUUGGGAAAUACGUCAAUGAUCUCGGCCCGCAAACCAACUUCCCCGUUCCAGAGGGCAUUCUCAACUACAACGGGGUCAACUAUGUCGCCUUAACACUUUGGGCGCUCGAGUCCCAAGGGGCUUUGGUCGGUGGUCUGGAGCUUGUCGCCUCUACUCCUUUCCUGUCUGGAUAUAGCAAGCCGGCCCCGGCACCUCAACCUGGUUGGGAGCCUCGGCGGGGCGCCUAUUGA